AUGCCCUCUUUAACUCGCUUUCUGGCCUUCUCAACUGUAGCGGUCUCCCUUGUAGGCAAGUAUUCCUAUUGUGGUUUGAUCUAUCCUGCCUUCCAGGGUGUUCCUGCCAGCAAUGCUGACCCGUAUAACUUCAAUGGGACAAGCACAGAUGCCAAUAGCAUUGCUUCGACUGCGUUUCGAGUUAACCAGAAAUCCGGGGCAACCACAAAUGCACCUCCCAACUUACCUGCCGCCAAUACCACCGUCACUGCUGUUGAUGGCGACAUGGUAAUCCCUGUGUCGCGCCGGAGUCUCUCCAGUAUCAGGACCAUCGAUAAUGACAUGUCCCGAAGAACGAACUCCGAUUAUGAGCAAGUUUUCGGAGGUACUGGGACUGAGUCUGAAGAUCGCGAUGCUGCGAUUAUCGGUACAGCUUAUUUGACUUACACCCUGGUCAGCAAUUCGACGUACAAUGUCGGCGACUGUCUUGCUUUCUGUGAUGCUACUGCCGGAUGCGUCUACUACGAAUUCAACAACGAGAUGUUAGACCAUGUCUACUCACAGCACUCCAACCUCAAAUGCGCUGCAUACGGAGAUGUGCAUUCUGCUGAAGAGAAGCUCAACUUCGGUAGUCAAUCCCUAUCCGGCACUCCCGAUGGUCCUUUGACAUACAUUCAACAAAGCAGUGGCUGGACAAGUAAAUCUUUUGGAGAUCCCUCGACGCCAGAGGGGUACGAUCCGCUCCCCGACUUGGGAGGUGCCAAUGAAGCUCCAGGGUACAUGGGUUUCGUCUUCUUGAAUAAAUACGAUGUAGACGCUUGUGCCGCAAUCUGCAACGCUCAAGAUCCUGACGACGUUGGCGGUUCUUGUAAAUAUUUCAAUAUUUGGCGAGCUGUUGUAGAUGGGGUUCCUACAACAUACACCUGUGCGCUGUACUAUAUUCCCGCCGACACGUCUACCGCCAUAAAUUAUGGUCAAGGCAAUCUGACUGUUACGCAGUCUAGGGGCUACAAACGCAUAACCUACGUUCUUGACGGAGGAUUUGAAGACUAUGCAUGCGAUGGGUUGUCAUUCUGCUACACAGAUACGACCGCAGGAUGGCUCGCAUCCUCCCCCAAGGAUGGAUAUUACGAUGCCUCGAUUUUUCACUACCAGCCAUACGCUCACAGUGGCGAGGCUGUUGCGUUACUUGGUUCUGCAACUGGUCACGACAAUUACUCUGGAAUGCUUACCUACGGUUCGAGUCUCUCAACGGAGGCAGGCGUAAGAUACGUUAUCGAGUUUUUCCAUUCUAGCUUCUAUUCUGGAAGAGAGGGGGAGGUGGAUGCGUUCGUCGAGGUGUAUUGGAAUGGUAGCCUUAUUGGGACCAUUCGUCCUGGUUACAGUCAGUGGAAGUAUUACAAGUUUGAGGUUGUUGGCCAAGGUAAUGACGAACUUUAUUUCCGUGGAGGUAAAGCGCCGAGUUACGACUUCAUCGAUGAUAUUUUUGUCAUGCAGGCUUGA